GUUACACGAAAUUCUAUACAACUACUAGAGUCUGUGUUUCGAUGGCCGCUGCUGGCCCGUUGGUCCGCGCAUGCCCUUAUCACAUCGUGGUCUUAUCACCGUUAUCAGUGUUCCGAGCGUCGUCCGAAACCGUUCGCGUCCCGGCGCCGUGCUAUCGAUCCGAUAACGUCCCCGUAGCGUUUGCAUUCCGUUUGCACAGUGCUGUAGCUGCAUUGAUUCCCCCGUUCUCGGACGCUCGUGACGUUCUUCUCCGCAUCCCCCCUCUUCGUCGACAGCCGCCGAUUCUGACCACCAGCCGUCUCGUUGGUUUUUACGAUUUUCUCGCGUCGACAACGAUCCGUCGCACCUGCUCCAGCAUGAGGCGUUUUGCCGGCACCGCUCUCGUUCUGUUCGCGAUCUCCGACGCACUGUUAGCCGCCGUCCUGUCGGACAUCAAUCGAGAAGUCGAGGAGCACCUGAUCAUAUCUAGGUUCAGAGGCGUCACUCCACACGACCACCGGACCGACCCUGGUUACGCCGGCAUAUUGAGUGAUAGCAAUGACAUUGACUCUAUCAAGCAUUCAGAACCUUCUAAAAUAAAGGCUCGCAUAUUUAAUAUUCUUGAAAAAAUGGAUCAUAAUAAAGAUGGAUAUAUUGAUAAAAAAGAACUAACUGAUAAACUAAUGGAAAGUUAUAGAAAAUUAUCAGCUAGUGAAUCCGAUUCCGAAUUUGAAACUAGUGAUCUUGAUGAAAAUGGCUUCAUUACAUGGGACGAAUAUUUGGGCGAUGCUUAUAUGGAGCUUGAAUUUAGGGACGAUAGAACAUUAUUUUAUGCUGCUGAUAUUGACAACGAUGGAAAGUUAAAUCAAUUAGAAUUUCGAUAUUAUUAUACACCUGAAGAUUACCCUCAAAUGAAACCAGCAGUAAUGGUUGGUGUGAUGAGACAAUAUGAUUCCAAUAAAGAUGGAAAAAUUACAUUUGAUGAGUUUCUUGACUAUAGGAAAAAAGGUCUUACUGAAGAAGAGAUGGAACAAGAAAAUUAUAAAUUUACACUUGAACUUGAUACAGAUAAAAAUGGAGUAUUAGAUGAAGAAGAAGUAUAUCAAUGGUUUUUACCAAUGAAUAAGUACAUCAUGUCAGCAGAAAGUGAAGCAGAAAAUUUAUUAUUUAAGGCUGAUAAAAAUAGAGAUGGUACGCUGAGUUUCAAUGAAAUAUUGGAGGGUUAUAAAUAUUUUAUUUCUCCAGACAGCGAAGGACACUACAUAUUUAAAGAUGAAUUAUAAAAUGUUAGUAGUUGCUGGUUAGUUUAACAAAACGAAAAUAGUUAAAUUAGUUACUAAUGUUACUAAUUU